AUGGACAAUAAGAGGAACAACAAGAGUGGACAACAAGAUUGGACAACAAGAGGGACAACAAGAGGGACAACAAGAGUGGACAACAAGAGGGACAACAAGAGGGACAACAAGAUGGAUAACGAGAGUGGACAAAAAGAGGGACAACAAGAAGAACAACAAGAGGGACAACAAGAGUGGAUAACAAGAGGGACAACAAGAAUGGACAACAAGAGGGACAACAAGAGGGACAACAAGAGUGGACAACAAGAGGGACAACAAGAGGAACAACAAGAAUGGACAACAAGAAUGGACAACAAGAGGAACAACAAAAGUGGACAACAAGAUUGGACAACAAGAGGGACAACAAGAGUGACAACAAGAGGGAAAAGAGUGGACAAAAAGAGGGAUAACAAGAGUGGACAACAAGAGAGACAACAAGAGUGGACAACAAGAGGGACAACCAGAGUGGCCGACAAGAGGGACAACAAGAGGGACAACAAGAGUGGACAACAAGAGUGGACAACAAGAGUGGACAAAAAGAGGGACAACAAGAGUGGACAACAAGAGGGACAACAAGAGGGACAACAAGGGGGACAACAAGAGUGGACAACAAGAGUGGACAAAAAGAGGGUCAAAAAGGGGGACAACAAGAGUGGACAACAAAAUCGAACAACAAUGCGCGGGAAAAACACAGCAAACACUAAAAGAAAUGAAAAUAUUAAGAUCCCAUGUGUUGCAAUUUGA